AUGUUUCGAUCCAAGCCACAGAAUAACAGCGGGGAAGACCUGGGGAAAAUGUCCUGCACAACGGAGAUCCAGGCAGCGUUUAUUCUUUCCUCUUUUGUGACCUUCUUCGUUGGACUCCUCAUCUUAUACAUUUUCAGGCUAUUCUGGAGGGCCAUAAAAAAAUGGCAAAACAUCAAAGGAACGGGAAUUCUCUUGGAAUUAAUCUUGUCAAAUGGCAUUGGUGAUGAACAUUUAAAAAGUCACCACCACUUCCAUGGAGCAUUUCGUGAUCGGAUAGAAAUGUUACUUUCGGCACAGACCUUUGUGGGGCAAGUGUUGGUGAUCCUUGUCUUUGUCUUAAGCAUCGGGUCUCUUAUAAUCUAUUUCAUCAACUCUUCUGACCCUGUUGGAAGCUGUUCUUCAUACCAAGACAAAACCAUCCCUAUUGAUUUGACUUUCAAUGCUUUCUUUAGUUUCUAUUUUGGGUUGCGAUUUUUGGCAGCUGAUGACAAGGUCAAGUUCUGGUUGGAGAUGAAUUCGAUUGUAGACAUCUUUACCAUCCCACCAACCUUUAUUUCUUAUUAUCUGAAGAGUAAUUGGCUGGGUUUAAGGUUCUUGAGAGCACUGCGGCUGCUAGAACUUCCUCAAAUCUUGCAAAUUCUGCAAGCCACCAAGACCAGCAAUUCAGUGAAGUUUUCCAAACUGUUAUCAAUAGUUCUCAGUACCUGGUUCACUGCUGCAGGAUUCAUUCACCUGGUGGAAAAUUCUGGUGAUCCCUGGCUCAAAGGUCGAAAUUCCCAGAACAUAUCAUAUUUUGAGUCCAUUUACCUGGUCAUGGCAACAAUGUCGACUGUUGGCUUUGGAGAUGUGGUAGCCAAGACAUCCCUAGGACGGACCUUCAUCAUAUUCUUCACCCUGGGGAGUUUGGUACUAUUUGCAAACUAUAUCCCUGAAAUGGUGGAACUCUUUGCUAACAAGAGGAAAUACACCAGUUCCUAUGAAGUGGUCAAAGGGAAGAAGUUCAUUGUGGUCUGUGGAAACAUCACUGUCGACAGUGUAACUGCUUUCCUGAGGAACUUUCUCCGUCAUAGGUCAGGGGAAAUCAACACUGAGAUUGUUUUUCUGGGAGAAGUUCCUCCUUCUUUGGAAUUGGAAACCAUAUUUAAGUGCUACAUGGCCUAUACAACUUUUGUUUCUGGAUCUGCGCUGAAGUGGGAGGAUCUGAGGCGAGUUGCGGUGGAAUCUGCAGAAGCAUGCCUGAUUAUAGCCAAUCCUUUGUGCAGUGACUUACAUGCUGAAGACACUUCAAACAUUAUGAGGGUGCUCUCUAUCAAGAACUAUUACCCACAGACCAGAGUCAUCAUACAGAUACUUCAAUCCCACAACAAGGUUUUUCUGCCGAAGAUUCCCAGCUGGAACUGGAGUACUGGGGACAACAUCAUCUGCUUUGCUGAAUUAAAGCUUGGAUUUAUCGCCCAAGGCUGUUUGGUGCCAGGCUUGUGCACCUUUCUAACGUCUCUAUUUGUUGAGCAAAACAAAAAGGUUUGUCCUAGACAACCAUGGCAAAAAUAUUUCUUAAGUGGCCUGAAGAACAAAAUCCUGACUCAACGUCUCUCUGAUGACUUUGCUGGAAUGAGUUUUCCUGAAGUUUCCCGGCUCUGCUUUGUGAAGAUGCACCUCAUGCUGAUAGCCAUCCAACACAAACCCACGAUUCACGGUUACUGUGGUCUGGUACUAAACCCACCUGCACAAGUUAAGCUGCGUAAGAACACAUUAGGGUUUUUUAUUGCUGAAUCUGCAAAGGAAGUCAGAAGAGCCUUCUUUUACUGUGCUACCUGUCACAGUGAUGUUUAUACUCCUGAGCUAAUUGGAAAAUGUAGCUGCAAACACAAGAGCCAUCAACACAACGCAGGGGCCACAAUAAUGGUAAAGAGAAGCAGUGUGAAGGAAUUCUCCUCUGAUACAGAAAUAGAGGAUUCUAUGCAAGGGCUACAGUCAAACAUGAGUCCUGAGGCUUUGACUGUUCUGUAUGAAGUGGAACAAGAUGCUGACCAGCUGGACAGCAGCGGCAUGUUUCACUGGUGCAAAGCAACCCCUUUGGACAAGGUGAUUCUGAAACGAAUGGACAAGUCAAAACACGAGUUUCGGAACCACAUUGUAGCAUGCAUCUUUGGAGAUGCCCACUCAACUCUGAUGGGGCUUCGGAAUUUUGUAAUGCCUUUGAGAGCUAGCAACUAUACCCGGCAGGAGCUGAAGGACAUUGUGUUCAUUGGGUCUCUGGAUUACCUGCAGAGGGAAUGGCGAUUUCUUCGGAAUUUUCCCCAGAUAUACAUUCUGCCUGGAUCUGCAUUCUAUUCUGGAGACCUCCAUGCAGUUAACAUAGAGGAAUGUUCUAUGUGUGCUGUCUUAUCCUCCACAUGUAAGUCAGCAAGCAGCCCGACUCUAGUAGACAAAGAGACCAUCAUGGCCACCCUCACCGUAGGAUCACUGAAGAUUAGCUGCUCUGCCCAGACACCCUCGGAGCCAAAGUGUUCACACUGCUUUAGUGGAUAUUCUGGGAAAUUAAAAUACCGAAGAAUCCCCAUCCUCACUGAACUGAAAAAUCCUUCCAACAUCCACUUUAUUGAACAGCUUGGUGGAAUGGAAGGGCAUCUCUCAGGAACAAGCCUGCAUCUCAGCACUUCCUUUGCCACUGGCGCUGUCUUUUCUGGUAGCUUCUUGGAUUCCCUCCUGGCCACGGCCUUCUACAAUUACCAUGUCCUGGAAUUACUUCAGAUGCUGGUGACAGGAGGGAUAAGUUCUCAGCUGGAACACCAUUUGGAUAAGGAGAAGUUCUCUGGGUUGACCGACAGCUUCUCUACAAUUUUGUCUGAUAGAAUGCGCUGUAAACUGGGGCUUCUGUCCUUACACCAAACCAUUUUGUCUGACAUUCAACCAAGAAAGACCUUUGGACAGUUGUUCUGUGGCUCUUUAGAUAAUGUUGGAAUCUUGUGCCUUGGCUUAUACCGCAUGAUAGAUGAAGAAGAGCACAACCCGGAACUCAAAAGGGGAGUAUGCUAGUUUGUGAUUACCCGACCAGCCAAUGAUUUUAAGCUGCUGCCCUCGGAUCUUGUGUUUUGUGCCAUCCCUUUUAGCACUUUUUGCGACAGAAAGGAUAGUACUUCAUCUCAACGUCCAUAUGAAAUUAUAAAUACAGAGCCACUGACAUCAGAGCCACUCACAGACAUAAAUAAUCUUCCUACAGUUGACCCAGUCAACCAGACUACAAUCCAACCAUUGAAGACAUCAGUCCAUUCUUUGGACCCCAAUAUUACCCCUGUUAGUGAUUCUAAGCAAGCUGCAUUGACUCAGAGUGGUAAACUAUCAUCCCAGGCAUAUCCAGGUGAAACCGUGAAAGGAAAUGGAGAGAAAAACAUGAAUGAAACCCCAAAGGAGAAUGCCUCUGCAUAUUCAAAGUCAAACUAG